GUCGAUUCUUUAUUCAACCUACUGGAACUAAUAAACCAGGAGUGUUUAAUUUUGUGCCUUAUUACUUUGAUUGAGGAUAUUAGUAUGUUUGAGAUAACCCUAAUUUUGUCGUUUGCUCUCAAGUUUUGAUGGUCCCCUCUUAGCUGAGUUGUUAGUAUAUAGUUGACUUGAAUCAACAACUCUCCAUUUCUUUUAGAUUAGUGGCAUAUUGUUCAUAAAAGGAGCGCAUUAAACCCUUGUGUAGGAUUGUGAGGUUUAAGAUUUAGUGUCAAACUAUCUAUGGGUCAUGUGGAAUUUCACUGAGCUUUUAUACUCUCUUUCUUGACAAUCAACUAAUCAAUAGCAUUUUAAUAAGAGCUUAAUUAUCAUUAUGAAAAUUGAAUUAUUGAUAAAUUUUAUAUUUUUUAUUCUUAAAUGAUAUGGUAUUUCUCCGAAUGUUAGACCUAUAUAUUCUUUCUUUAUGUAUCAUCUCGAUCGAAGGAUUGUCAAUAAAAUUAAACCGGUUGAUUAGUUUAAACGUAACAUAAAAAUAUAAAUAAUUAAAUAUGAAUAGUCCGGCCAAAUAAGCUAGUUAAAAAAUGCCUCUCUCCUCACUCGGCCCACACUUCCUCCUCUCCGGACCCACGACGAGAGCUCCUAGGCCUUCGGGUCGGAUUCGUUGCAGAAUUUCUACAAGUUGAAGGAGUUCCUCCCGCCAGAAGCAAGGUAGACGGAGAGCUAGUGGCUAACACAGCGUGGAUUGUGAAGAGGCACUUUAUGGAAUGGAGGCGUUCUUGGUGGCGUGGAGGCGAUCCAUGAGGGACUCGUUGCAGCUGCAGGCGGGAGCCGUGGCCGCCAGAGAUUGAGCGGUCGGAGGGAGGGUAGGCGGCGACAUGGGAGGUGGCACGGUCGCGCGGAGGAUUGCGAGGCGUAGCUUAGCUUUGACAGGGGAGAGGAAGACUUUUAAAUUUUAUUUUUGGUUAAUUUCAAAAUGAUAAAUAAUAGAAAUUAGGAAAUUUGAAUUUUUUCAAUGAUUUUUAGGUUGACGAAGCAAUGACAUGUCGUGUUGAUUAACGGUCAAACCAUGUGUCGUGUUAAUUGAGUUUAUAUGCUAUAUAGUUGAGAUCAGAAUGUUAAUAUACUGAAACCACGGACCAAAGUUGAUUAUAUGGUCAUAGUUUGGAUCAAAAUAAGAUAUUAACCCUAAUGAAUAAGGUCGGUUGAAGAUGGGAGGUGUGAGAAAUAUCAUCGCUAUGCUAAAUGUUUGCAUAAGGUGAAUAUAACACUGAUUCAAUGCAGUUGAUCGCAAACAUGUUAAUCAAAGUUGUUCGUAUAGAUUGGAGAGCAAUAGAUGUUCACAUUGAUUGAUCGAAACUUUUCCUGUAUCGUUCCAAUUUUACCGAAGAGUUUGGAUGUGGUAGUCGGCAAGUUUAUUUUCACUUAACUAAGUGUCUGGAAAAUGGAAGGGGGGUACAGUACACACAGUGUUGGUCCACACUCUAUUCAUUUAAUAGGACUAAAGUUCACCUACUCGGAUGGCUCUAUCUCCCUUCCCUUUUGUGUUUAGUUAAAAUUAAUCGUUUUCCAAUUAGGUUUUCUGUACCUUAAGCUGCUAACUAAUUGGUGAUGCGAUAGAAGGAAGAAAGAAAAGCAGAAGAUAAGGGUAAGGGCUAACUCUUUGUCAUAUUAAAUGACACUAAUACUAUUGAAUAAGACAUAAUUAGCACUCAAGAAAAGAAAACUUGUAAAGCUCCUCUUCUUGACCAGUUCCUUCAUGGCUCAUGCAUUGCAAUCUCUAACCUCGUGGGUAAGAGAUUCCAUUAAUUCUUCCACAAUAUUGACACAAGUUUUACUGAAUGAUAUUGGUCUCAUUAUGCUGACUGUGAUGGGAAUGGGAUGGGGCUGAUAGAUGCCUCAUUAUCUGUAUUUGUCUAUGUCCACCGCGAGGUUUGUGUGUCUUAACGCUCAAAUAGUUUGAUUCGGUCUCAGGGCUGGCCCUCCGACACAGGGCCUUCGAAUAAUAGGAGCCUCCACUUAGUUAUUGGUUAAUAAUCUCAUGUAUAUACACUAGACAUUUAUAUUGAUGAUUAAAGUAUCGUUUGUGUUUCAAAAAUUCUAUUUGUAUUAACAAUACUAAAAAAAAUCUUAAUGAAAUUGCUAGGAUAACAAUUGAAAAUGAUGUUAUGAAGACUACAAAAAAUAGAGAUAAUAUAUAAUUUAUUUUAAACAAUACAGAAAGAUAUUACAUUUCGAACAAUAAUAUUAUAAUCAUUUUAAUUUUAUUAUACUUAAAACUAAUAUGUGUCACAUCUCGAUAUUGGAACAGGGCCUCCACAAUCCACUGAACGGUACUGUCCAGUCUAACUGUAUUAGUCAAACCAUUUAAUCUUGUAAUUACACUAUUGUUAAAAUAUAGCUUAAAAGAUGCCAAAUAUGAUGAAUAACUACGAGUGGAAAAAGUCAUCUCUUUCCAUCCUAAUCGACCAGGUUCUUGAAUUUAACGAGUUGGAGGCAAGUAGAGGAGGACUAUCUAGUUACUAGGGUGGCUAUACGGUUCGGUCCGGUUAAACUGGCCCAAGUUAAUUCGGUCCAGUCUUGUUUUUUUGAAAAUACAAGGAUCAAAGAUUGGAUUGAAUACAGUCCGGUUUUGACCCGGUCUGGUCCCAAUUCGGUCUUGAUUUUAUAUUGAGCUGUUGGGGAUUUAAGUGGCCUCAGGCCUGAAAGGGUGAGGAGUUGGAUAAGUUUUGUACUAAGUGCAAAGGUUUAUGAUCGUUUAUGCAAAUUACCCUUAAGUUUUGGGUGUUGAGCUCUCUUAUCCGGUCUUUAUCCAGUUUUCGAUCCGGUCCCGAACGAUUUUUUACCUCAAAUCUAAGUCCCAAAAAUUGGAUUGGAUUGUUUACUAUCCAGUCCCGAACCGGUCUCGGGGUUAUACAGUUCGAUUUCGGGUAAAACCAAAAAACCCGGACCAAAUAACCAGCCCUACUAGUUACCUACCUUGUAAGAGAAGCUUGUCCAGUUUGGUGAAGGACUGUCAUUCUUGAAUCUUCAGCUUGAUCAAGUUAUGAAAUCAUCUCUUUUUUGUUUGUUUGUUUAUUUCUCUAAUAAUAAUUAUUUUAGACCACAUGUGAUGUGAAGCUGGUGAUUUGUGUAGAGAAAAGUGUAAUAGAACUUGUAUGAACAACAACAAAAGUGUGUUUGCUAUCAUGACUUCAAGGCACACUGAAGAACUCUUUUUCUUUUCUUUACCCUUUUGUUCUUCACUCUGUUUUCCCCUCAUAAUAUGUGUUAAAGUUCAUUAAAUUAAAUAUAUAUAGACACACACCUCAUAGCUUAAAGGAAGUGUAACAAGAACCUCAGUUCCUUCUUCUCCAAGCACUUGCCUCUCUCCUUCCCUACCCCUUUUCUAGCACUCUCACGAAUCUCUCUCUCUCUCUCUCUCUCUCUCUACUCUGUUCUUCCGCCAUGGAAACAACUAAUCAGGACUUCUCUGACUCUGAAACUCAAAUCGACCCUCUUUCUUCUUUUUCCUUCUCUACUUCUUCUACUACUACCUCUUCUUCUUCUUCUUCUUCACCGUCAUCUCCUUCCUCGAACGACUCCAAUUUCUCUCUUUCCCCAUCUUCAGAUCACAAUAGCAAGUCCCACAAGCGCAAUCACGAAAACAACUACGGUGAUUCGACAGCUGCGGCCGACGAAGAAGUCAGGGGCGGCCGCACCAGCAAGAAGGCCAAAACAGGGGAUCACGCGAAUGCAGCCUACCGAGGAGUGAGAAUGCGGCAAUGGGGGAAAUGGGUGUCGGAGAUUCGAGAGCCCAGGAAGAAAUCAAGAAUCUGGCUCGGGACCUUCGCCACGGCCGAAAUGGCGGCUCGAGCCCACGACGUGGCUGCUCUGGCCAUCAAGGGUGAAUCAGCUCACCUCAAUUUCCCCCGGCUGGCUCAUUUGCUCCCCCGCCCUGCUUCCGCUUCCCCGAAAGACGUCCAAGCAGCCGCCGCAUUGGCAGCCAACUUGGACGUCAAGGAAGCAGACAGCGUCGGGGAGAGCAAUGAGCUGCCGGAGUCUGUCGUCGAGGAUGAUGGCGACGAUGAUACGUUCGUCGAUUUGCCGGAUCUCUCGCAGGACGCGAUCGACCGCGAGUUCUGCGUCUUGUCGAUGAGCUACUGGCGGAUGUUUGAAGCAGAGGGUUUGGGUUCGGGAUCGUUCUGGGAAGCAGAGGAAUCAAGCUUGCAGCUGCCAUCCUUUGGUUCCAGGUGAUGAAAAAAAUUUGUGUAAAUUAAAAUGAGUGGAGAGUGAGCUCAAAAAUAAAAUAAAUUAAUCCGUUUGCAUGACUAUGUAACUAAGUUAUAUUAUAUCAAAUCGCAUUUCGUUGUCUACAAAACUGUAUCAUCUGUAAAUAUUUGAUUUUGACGUUGUCUACAAAUCGCAUUUCGGAUGUUACUUAUUAAGUUUACAAAAGGCGUGGAGUUUUGUAUGCUAGGGAAACUAAUGGUGUGACGUUGAUGCAUCCAAAUAAUGUUUAUUACCAAUAUAAUCAAGUUAAACAUUUCGAGUGAGUUGCUGAUUUGAUUGUAUAGAGUUGUAACGGUAAAUAAACAAGCGUAGAUGGUAAGUUCAUGAUGGUGAAAUCUGGUUCUUUCAAGGAUAAAUGUAAAGUUAGUUUUCCAAAUCUCUAUUUAUUCUUCUUUUUUAGAAACAAUUAUAUCCACCUAUGAUAGUGGAUUGCGAAUAUAUCCAUAUCUGGCAAUAUAACUACUCUUUUGAAUGCUUGCGCAUCAUUCCUUCCAAUGCUGACCAUUAUGGAAUUGUCUUGAUUUCGGAUGGCAUAUUUCGCACAUUGGUAAACAAAUGUGAUAUCCAAUGGUGUCAUGCUUCAUUUGGCCACCUCGGUUGAUAAUAGGGUCACUGGAUCGGUCAUGUGGAUCGAAGUCAGACUCGACUAUUUUGAAUUGUUAUCAGUUUGAUGCAGCGUUAAAAAGAAUCGUGGAUCUAGUAUAUGACAAAAGGAUAGAUAUCGUAGCAAAUAUAAUAACAUACAUUUCCAGUAGUUCCGUCAACAUGUGUGUUUCGAAGGUGGAGUGUCGUGUUAGAUGACAUCAUCAAAAUGCUUUGUCCAACAAUCUCGAUCAUUUGUAACUAAUGCUAACAUGUUAAUAUGAUAGUAGAGACCGUGCUAUUGAAUCGCAACAACCAUGCGAUGACGUCUACUAUAUCAGCGAGAUAACAGAGUUUCACAUGCAGCCAGUCCAUUCAAUGUCUAUUUACCUAGUCAAGACAAUGAGUCGUCAGCCGGUUGGUUUGACGCCUCUGACCGGUUUGGGUUUUGAACAGUCAUGGUGAUGUCAUAGAGGAAACAAAGAGAGAGUGCCUAAUAUUAUAACACGGGUAGAGUUGUGUUGGGAAGGAAGCAAGAAGAAUCUGUUUUCUAUACUUUACCUAAUGGAAUAAGAUAGGUAAAGCAAA